AUGCCUAUCCCUCUCACGACCUCUCGAUCCCUGUCAAAGAGGAAUAAACCCCACACUCUAAUUCGAGAACCGACUUUCUACCAGGAAGCGUAUCUCGCUUCGUUCCUUUACAUCCAAGCUAUAGGUAAUCAACUGAAGAGAGAUUGGGGAUUUAGAGAGAUCAAUGAAGGUGACGUGGCGAGACUUCACCCAUUCAUCCAGACCGACAAGGACGAACUACUUCUCAAUCUGAUUUCCUCGUCUACAAUCCAUCAUAUCAUCCAGCUUCCCUUAUCGCUCCUAUCCCUCCCGCAUGGAGUCCAAUGUCAUAUUCGAUUAUCGACAUUCUCGACCGUUCUCACAUCCACUUAUACCCAUGUCACACCAUCGACAUAUGAUAUCCCACCUUUGAAAGAUCUCAUAUCGUUCUUACAAUGCCUGUUACCUUCUUCUGACGCUUUAUCCCUUUCGCUCUCACCCCCUUUGGGGGCUAUUGGCAGAUGUUCAGGUACUUCUGAAGAUAUGUGCGAUGGACCGAGACCAGAUGAAGGAAGAGAGAAUGACAAAGAGAAAGAUAAAUUGAUUUCAAUCGAUAGCUGGAGACAAGAUAUCGAAGUGAUGUGUCCUCCUCCUCCAAGAAUCGCUACUCCCUCUCCGAGGUGGUUGGAUAGAAAUGAAGAUAUGCUGAGAGAUACGGUGGGAUGUGGUUAUUAUAGGAGACUGAGGGAGGUGGCGGAAGAUCACAAAGUGAAUGAAAAUGGGUACGGAUUGGUACAGAUUCACGAGGUGUUGAUCGAAUGA